AUGUUUGAGUCAUCAGGAACUGCCAAGUGUAUUUCUGAAGGAAUAAUGAAGUCACAGAACUUCUCCGGCAUCCUCCAGCGUAUUGUGGUGGUAAGAUGGGAUGAAAAGGAUGGUAGAUCUUUCUUGAUUCCUGAUAAUGACCAUGAUAUAAUCUUAGCAACAGUGGACAAUCCAUCAAAUGCUUGCGAAUGGGCAUUUGCAGAGGUGCUAAACAGCCCUGAGAUACUCAAAAUGUUUGUUGAAGAACUGGAUAGAGUGGUUGGGAAGCAACAACUGGUUCAAGAAUCAGAUUUUGCACUACUCAAUUACGUCGAGGUCUGCGCUAGAGAAGCCUUUCGGCUCCACCCUGUUGCACCAUUGAACAUUCCUCGCGUGUCCAUGGCUGAUACAGUAGUCUCCAACCAUUUCAUCCCGCAAGGAAAGCUUGGGUGCAUGGCUGUGACACUUCACACUUGGGAGUUCGAUGACGAACAUGCUAUUUUCUAG